UGACGCAGAACUCAACUGACCAAUCAAACACAUGUCACCCUCUUCAACAAACCAAACAGGUUGCUGACAAGCAAUCUGCCCAAACUCCUCCCACCAUGACUCAGUGUGAGAAAGUUCAAAAUUUGCACAAUUGCUUUGAAAGCUACAUGUCUUCUUCCGUUCUGUCACAUUAUAAACACAGAGCCACUGACUCAGAAACAGACUGACAAAUACACAUCUUUCUGGUUGUUGAAAUCAUGUCACAAACACAAGCAACACUCACACAGACCCGUCUGGAGAAGACCUGGGUUCCAUGGAUGACAAGCAGACUGAGCAGGCGCCGAGGCUCUUCAGUGCCGCAGUUCACCAAUUCCCCAACUCUGAUWGUGAUGGUAGGGCUGCCAGCACGAGGAAAAACUUAUAUUUCCAAGAAACUCACCAGGUACCUGAACUGGAUCGGYGUUUCUACCAAAGUGUUUAAUGUUGGGCAGUACAGACGAGAGGCCACACAAUCCUUUAAUAGCUACAAGUUCUUUAAGCCUGACAACACAGAGGCCAUGAAGAUACGCAAGUUUUUGAUGCCACCAACACUACUCCCGAUCGCAGAGAAGACAUCCUCAACUUUGCCAAAGAAAAUGGUUACAAGGUCUUUUUUGUAGAAUCAAUAUGUGAUGAUGCAGAUAUCAUUGCUGAAAAUAUCAAGCAAGUAAAGCUGACCAGUCCAGACUACGAAAACUGUGAUAAAGAAGAGGCUGUGGCUGACUUCCUGAAGAGGAUUGAAUGUUAUCAACUCAGCUAUGUUCCCCUGGAUGACAACAAGGACAGGAAUUUGUCUUACAUCAAAAUCUUUAAUGUGGGUAGCAGAUACCUAGUGAACCGGGUCCAGGACCACAUUCAAAGCAGAAUAGUUUACUACCUCAUGAACAUCCAUGUCACUCAGAGAUCCAUCUACCUGUCUCGCCAUGGAGAGAGCGAACUCAACCUUGUGGGUCGAAUAGGGGGAGACUCUGGGCUUUCCCCUCGAGGAGCCAUGGGGGUUUGUGAAGAGAUGACCUAUGAGGAGAUCCAGGAACACUACCCUGAGGAGUUUGCACUAAGGGAUCAAAACAAAUAUCGGUAUCGCUACCCUAAAGGAGAGAUGAGCUGCCCUACCUGAAAUGCCCCCUCCACACGGUUCUGAAACUUACCCCAGUGGCCUACGGUUGUAGAGUGGAAUCUGUCUUUCUUAACAUUGAAGCUGUCAACACACACCGGGACCGCCCUGAGAACGUGGACGUAAACAGAGAUCCAGAGGAGGCGUUAGAGACAGUUCCUGAGCACAUCUAGCAGACAGCAGACACCASAAGCUGCUUCCAGUCUCUCUGAAGAAACACCUUUGAAUUAAAGUCACUUUUUUAUUGUUAGACGAUUGAAAACUUCGUUUUAAUGGAAACAUUUCUUUCUUUCUGUCAGCAGCUGUCAGAGACAGAAGUAACAAAGUACAAAUACCUUAUCACCUUACUGAAGUAGAAAUUUUGGGUAUCUCUAAAAAAAAGUAUUUUGUUUUUAUCUCAUUGUAGCSUGUUUUAUUCCUGCUUGUCAUUGUUAAAAACAAAAGCAGAAAAGUUGUGCACCAGCAGAGUGAAUGUGACUGUGGUUGGAUGAGAAGUAAAAAUAUAAACCUUAGCAAAAAGUAGUAUACUUGAAAUUCAUUUUAAU